AUGGACGUUGAAGCUCGUAACAAAUAUUGCGGAUACAUCAUGUUCAACACCGCCUCCAGCAAAGGCACUGGAUCAAAGUCAAAUGAUUUGAUCAACUAUGAUGCCUCUUCAUUUUCAAACUAUGAUUCGGACCUCUUCCCGCAGACUGGUCCAACUAACCACUCAAUGGCCGCCGGUGCCGCCGCCGUUGAGGAUCAAACCGUGAAAAAGGAAGAGAACCCUUUUCAAAUUUACGAUCCUUCCAAUAAUAAUAAUGGAGUCGAAAAUGGCAAAAAACUACCGGGUAGUUCCAAGAUGCAACCAGAAAAACGACCCCCAAGACCUCCAAACGCAUUCAUUCUUUAUAGACGUGCUAAGCAACCUGCUAUUCUCGCUGCUCAUCGUAAUCUUACCAAUGCUGAGAUUUCUAGAUAUAUUUCAACCUGUUGGAAAAGCGAAACUGACGAAGAACGUUUAUCUUGGGAAAGAUAUGCGGAUCAAAAGAAACUUGAGCACAUGCAGGCUUACCCAAACUAUGUAUAUCGACCAAAUAAGAAUAAAGGAAAAAAUGAAAAGCGCAGGCAAGCUCGAAAACAAUCCGCUGCUGCUACCUUUAAUUCUCAAGAGUCAACAAUGAAUUCAACAUAUGUUGACGAAUCUGGACCAAUCAGGGCAACAAAGAAAAACAAAGGUCAAAAUCGGUUGAAUAAUCUUGUUGGAAGAAUAGAAAUUCCCAUAGCCAAUAAAGUUCCUACAACUGGAAUCCAAAAUAUCAACUUUUCAAUGAUGACUCCCCCUCUUUCAUCCCCAAAUACUCCUAAUAACAGUAGCAACUUAGUUUAUACUUCCGCUCCCGUUCCUUUCUCUGAACCUGAGCAGCUUCAAAACACUUCGUUUUCAACUCAAGAUAUGCAACAAAUGCAAAUGUAUUUCCGAAUGCAACAACAUCAACAACAAGAAGUAUUAUUUCAAAACAACCUUACAAAUUUAUCAUUUCAAUCGAUUAAUGAAUUAACUCCCGGUUCAUUCCGUGAGGAAACCGUUGAUCCUUUGAUCUUCGCUUUUCCAAAUCACGAUGAUUUAAUUUACUCUUCUCAGUCUUCAUUUGAUUCAAUCUCUACCAAUAAUUCCGAUUUAAAUUUAAAUAGUCAAAAGAUCAACACAUCUUGCGCUUUUCCUGAAUUUCGAGACAAUACUCAAGGUCUUGCCGACAUUUUUGCGGGAAUACAAUCCUUUGAGUCAACUUUUGAAUAUUAA